AUGUCUGAAUUGGAUGUUCAGCGAAAAGAUCUAACGGUGUGGGUAUGCGAUACUUUGUACGGUGAUGAGAUGGUAGCCUUGACAGCGCGCGAUGAAAGGACAAAACGGAAGAUCAGAGAGCUGGCAGCACGUAUUCAACUCCCUGUCACUGUUCUGUGCGAUGCGCUUUCUGUCGAGGUAAUAGUGGCAACCUCAGCAACUGCGGUCAAAGCCUUGUCCCGGCUUUUCGGAAUUGGCGCCGUUACGUGGUCCGAUUUUCUCGCACAAUACGAGGAGGAACUGAAAAAGAGUCAAGUCCCGGUCAGCGUCGCGCGCAACACGGUAAAACAUUUCAACCCGGAAUUCUGGGUUUCCAACACCAAAAAAACCAAGACCAAAACCAAACCUGGACGAGCCAACGGCGAUACAUACAUCGACGCAUCUACGCCCAAUAGUGAAGUGGAUUUUGCAGACCAUGCUUUGGCGACAGCGGAUGUCGACGUCGAUUUGGACUCUGAGCCCAGCCAGGCCGGUCCCAUGCUACGCGACGAUCUUGCGGUUUUGUCUGGCGCGGACCUGACCAUCGAGUCAGUAGAGCGUGGUCGCCGAGCAGAACCUCAGUCCUUCGAGGACAGCUAUCUGAAUCCAGAUGAUUCUUUGUUUCAAUCAGUAACAAUGCGGUGCAAGAGCCCAUCUCGGAAACGCAAAGCUUCUGCUAUUUCCGCUGGGUUUUACGAAUACGAUCGCAGUCCCUCUGUCCUCAACGAUUUCACACACAUUUCCAUCGACUUUGACGGUAGUGAGGCUGCUGCUCCAAACCCCGAGGGCAGCCUUGACGGUGAUGCACAAUCGACUAUCCAAGGCGGUAGAGAAUCGACCACGCAUAUAAACGGGGUUGACGAUACACACGAGGACUUGGGUACAAGAGCACAUUCGACUAUGGUGGCUCAAAAUGCCCAAGGUUCAGUUCAAACUCAACAGCUGCUGCCCAACAACAACCCACCGCAACGGUCAGUCUCUACACUGGAGCAGCUUCUCCUCGACCGCGCCAGAUUCGAAAAAGAGCAGUGGCUCAAUGAUAAUGUCAUCAUGACUUUUAUACAACGUCUUGCAAGUCCCCGUAUCGGUGUACUUGACAGCCUUUCAACACGCACACCUAUAGACCCUGCUUCUCUCCUCACAAAAGAUAUGCUCCUGCAGCCUAUCAACACUGGGGAUCACUGGAUCUUGUCACGGUAUUGCUGCCAAAAUGAAGAGAUAAAACUAUACAACAGCAGGAAUUCCAGCCCCUUGGAAGCCGCUUGGGAUCAGGCUCACAAGGCGCUUGGAAGUUUGACCGGUAAAAAGCCCCUUAGGCAUAGCUGUGCCACCUGCCCCCAGCAGCAAAACGACUUCGAUUGUGGUGUUUUUACCAUCAUUGUCGCCCGAUACCUUGCCGCCGGAAAGCAAGUACCGGACACCAUUUUGGACGCCGCAGCGUGGCGGACCUUUUUGCAACAAAGCUUAUUAACCUCGGAUCAAGCGGCCUUAUCUCUCCAUCUCCACCGCUACGUCCAACAAAACUCUUCUCUGGAAAACAGACGUAUUACACUUCGAUUCCAUGUCAUGAAAAUCCGCGGACUUUUGCUGCUUGCCCAAUUGCCACCUCGUCCAUCUUUUGGACUUGCAUGCCUCGACAACCCACUUUUGACCCAGACUCCUGACAGUGCCAAUGCGGCUAUUGCGGCCGAAAACAUUCUUUUCGGCCUCAUCGUCACCUGCACCCAAAUAGCUUCGCUUCACGCUGAACAUGUCGAGAUUUUAUCAGAAGCUGUCAAAGAACAAAAUCUCCUCAAAGGUUUUGCGCACGGCAGAGUCGUGGGCGACCAAACUUGA